CCACACCCACAAACACACACACCCAUACACGCGCUCACACGCUCGUCACAUCGCGCGUGAGUAAUGACAGCCUCCAUACCACCGAUCACUGUGAUAGCCUGGUCGGAGUUCAUCGAUACUCCUGGACUUAUGUACGGUCUGUUCUCCGCUAGCGACGGACAGCUUCGCUACGAUGAAUCUAAAGUCAUCGCCCUUCAAACGAAAUCCGAGGAUGCGAGCUACACAGAUAUUAUUCGUGCGUUGACGUCAUGCAUGUGGUCAAGUGCCCGGUUGUACUCAGAACAGGACUUGAGGAUGGCACAAUUGGGGAACACUUUUCAGGUACCACCGAUGAAGUAUAUCAGCCUCCCGAUCGACCAGCAACGAUGGACCUCUCCGAACUGUCAGACAUUUCGUUAAACAAUCUGGAUG